AUGCAACUUGAGAUGGAAAACGCCAUGAUCGAGGCCCUGCAGACCCCGCUGGCGUUUGAAGAUGGUGGCCUCUCCCCACCUCAUCAGCCUCCCGCCGUGCAAGAUAUGGACAGCCCCGAGAUGAUCCCAUGCCUGCUCCCAUGCAUCACCUCCCCAACGGUGGCCACUGCAGGCUUCCAGCUGUCAGCGGUGACGAAGCGCGUGGGCACGAUCCAGAUCAGUGAAGGAGGCGGCUCGGAGUUGUUUGCGCAUGUCCCCCCGCCCAUCAUCAGCCCGGCUCGCCCACGCCCCUCUGCGCCACCAAAGUCCAGGGCCACCUCGGCACCUUCUCGCCGUAGUGCUCGCCAGGGUGCAGCAGCAAACCCGAUGCCAGUGGCUCAACGGGCGGUGCUUCGCCUGGUGCAGGAGUUGGGCGCGCUCGGGCCAAAGGACAUGAUGACCCCAAAGGUGGCGACAGUGCUCAUGAAGCGGUUCUAG